GGGGUAUAUACCACGAGCGUCGAUAGAACGCCAACUCUGUCGUGGAGUCAGUUGUGCUCCGACCGCCGCGGUGGCACGUCAUCGUCCCCGGGUCGUCGUCGCAGUCGUUGUCCCCCGGGUCGCACGUAUAUUAUCGUCAGUGUAGUAUUUCCGGCCGCGUCCGUCGGUGGUAGCGGUGAUCGCUUCGCGCCGCUCAUUGAGGAAUGAGCGAUCGGUGCGAUUUACGCGAGCGGACGACGGGGUCAAGGGUCGUCGCGUCGGUGUCGAUGUGAGCCGCGUUCGCCGACGGCGACGGGAAUACAGGAAGGUUGACCGGUACGAUCGGCGCGUUGCCGCUUCCUCCUUAGCUCGUGGCGUGGCGUGGAAACGGAGUGCGAUAGAGUUGAAAACAGAGUGCCGUGGCUAUGAGUGCGUGACGGUACGACGAUACGUUCCCUCGAGCACCCGCGCGAGUACCUUCACAGGAGCGCGACUAUGGGAAUGACGUCCGGGACGGAGACGCGUCGUCGUGCGAUGUCGUGGCCACGUGCGGCGACCUGGUCGGCGAUCGUCGUCCUGUGCCUCCUGCUGGAUCCUUCGCGUUUGGUGCACGGGCGCAGCAUCACGAGCCUCGAGGCACCGAGCGGCUGCGAGUGGAGGAACGACGACGACGGGGAGAAGAGUCUCGCCUGCAGAGUCAGAACAAUCGCGAGCGUGCCCGGCCUGAUCGGCAAUCUCUCGGCGAUCCAAGCGGAUUCCAUAGCGUCGCUGGGAUUAGAGUGCAGCGACGUGCUGUUCUUCGACAGCCAGCUCGACGGCCCGCACAGCUUCCUCUCGCCGUUGCCGCGUCUCGUGAAGCUGCGCAUCGAUCAUUGCAAGAUCCGAUACCUGCCGGGCGGUGCGUUUGCUCCGGUGCACAAUCUCCGCAGCCUGUCCUUGCGGACGCACAACCGCGAUUGGUCGACUAUGAUACUGGAGCUCCAUCGCGACGCACUGCGCGGCCUGACGGAUCUGCAACAUCUCGAUCUCGCCGAUAAUAAUCUCUGGACGUUGCCGCCGGAGCUGCUCUGCCCAGUACAGGGUCUCACGAGCUUGAAUCUAACGCGCAACAAGUUACAGGACAUCGUGGCCCUCAGCUUUUCCGACUGGGCCGAGUCCUGCACGCCGAAUCUCGAGACCCUGGACAUCAGUAAUAACGACCUCAGUGCCUUGCCCGACCGCGCUCUCAGUAGCCUGCGUAGUUUGAGCGUGCUGAAGGUACAGGAGAACGUGAUCGCCGCGGUUGGCGAUCACGCCUUGGCCGGUCUCACGUCUCUGCGGGUGCUCAACGUGUCUAGCAAUAGACUGGUCGCACUGCCACCCGAACUGUUCUCCAAAACGAAAGAACUGCGAGAACUGAUAUUAAGCAACAAUUCGCUCACCGUUCUGGCGCCUGGGCUGCUAGAUAGUCUCGAAGAGCUUCAGGUGCUGGAUCUCAGCGGUAACGAGCUGACGAGCCCGUGGGUGAAUCGAGACACCUUCUCGCGGCUAGUACGCCUUGUCAUUCUCGAUCUAUCCUCCAACGCCCUAACGAAGAUCGACGCGCACGUUUUCAAGGGCCUGUACAGCCUGCAAAUACUGAAACUCGAGCAUAACAACAUCGAUAUGCUGGUCGAUGGUUGUUUCGCCUCGCUCAUCAAUCUACAUUCUUUAACGCUGUCGCACAACAAGAUCGUCAGAUUCGAUCCGGCGCACACGGCCGGCCUUGGCGCGCUCGGGCAGCUCUUCCUGGACAGCAACAGGCUGCGCGUCAUGCACAGGCAUGUGUUCGCCAACCUCACGGACCUCCAGGAUCUCUCCCUGAGCGGAAACGCACUGACGGAAGUUCCUUACGCGGUUCGCGUGCUAAGAUCGCUCAAGACCCUCGACCUGGGCAACAACCACGUGUCGAGAAUCGACAAUGAAUCGUUCGCCGGCCUGAACGAGCUCUACGGAUUGCGGCUGGUGGACAACAAGCUGGAGAACGUGUCGCGCGAGGCGUUCGCGUCGCUGCCGGCGCUACAAGUGCUCAAUCUGGCAAACAAUUUCAUCCGUCACGUGGAGCAGAGCGCGUUCGCGGCCAAUCCGGUGUUACGGGCGAUAAGGCUAGAUGGGAAUCAAUUGACGGAGAUCCGGGGCGCCUUUACAAGCCUCUCGACCCUCGUCUGGCUGAACGUGUCCGAUAACAAGCUGCUGUGGUUCGACUACAGCCAUCUGCCGUCCAGCAUAGAAUGGCUGGACAUCCACGCCAAUCAAAUUAGCGAGCUGGGCAAUUACUACAUGGUGCGUAAUAACCUGCGGAUCAAGAUGCUCGACGCCAGCUACAACCUCAUCACCGAGAUCACAGACGCCAACGUGCCGGACAGCGUAGAGACGCUGUUCCUCAACAACAACAAGAUACGCACCGUGGCGGCCGGUACGUUCCAGCAGAAGACGAAUUUGGCGAAGGUUGUGCUGUACGGCAACGAGAUUAGAAAUCUGGAGGUCGGUGCCUUCAGUCUGCAAACGGUGCCGGAAGACAAAGAGCUUCCGGUAUUUUACAUCGGUGACAAUCCCAUUCUCUGCGACUGCACCAUGGAGUGGUUGCCGCGCAUCAACGAAAUGGCACGUCUGCGUCAGCAUCCGCGCGUCAUGGACCUCAACGCCGUCAUGUGCGAGAUGGUGCACGUUCGUGCCACGCCACGACGCCCGCUGCUGUCCCUGAAGUCGAAGGACUUUCUCUGCCGAUACGACGCGCACUGCUUUGCCCUCUGCCACUGCUGCGACUUCGACGCGUGCGAUUGCGAAAUGACUUGCCCGGACAACUGCUCGUGCUACCACGAUCACAGCUGGUCCAGCAACGUCGUCGACUGCUCCAACGCCGGCUACAAGCACGUACCCGAGCGGAUACCCAUGGACGCCACGGAGAUUUACCUGGACGGUAACGAGCUGGGCGAUCUGGGCAGUCAUGUCUUCAUCGGCAAGCGCCGUUUGGAGGUGCUGUUCCUCAACAACAGCGGCAUCGCCACGAUACACAAUCGCACGUUUAACGGCGUCGGCGCUUUGCGCGUUCUCCAUCUCGAGGAUAAUGCUUUGCGUGAACUGCGGGGCUUCGAGUUCGAGCAGCUGGAACGCAUGUCGGAAUUGUAUCUGGAUCACAACGCUAUCGCCACCGUGGGAAACACGACGUUCAAGAAGAUGCACAAUCUCAAGGUGCUGCGGUUGGACAGCAACCGCAUCAUCGACUUCCGGCCAUGGGAGGCCCUGCCGAGCGUCGGGGAUGGCACCAAAGUCGCGUUGGAGGGCAACGCCUGGAGCUGCGAGUGCGCGAACGCUGCCAGACUGCGCGCCUGGCUCGCGGAACAUCGCGGUGAUCCGGAGAAGAUGUACUGCCGCGAUGGCAUCGAGACGCUGGCCCAAGCUAUGGAGCGAUGCGGCGACCCGUCCAAGGAAGCUGUGAGCCGCGGGAUACAGGAAAUUCCGUUGCUAGGCGGUAACUUCGUGCCUCUGCUCGCCGGCGCGCUGGUAGCCGUGAUCGCAAUCUGCCUUUUCGUCGCUCUGGCUUUCGCCUUCCGUCAAGACGUGCGUCUGUGGGCCCACGCGCGUUACGGGCUGCGCCUCGGCAAAAUGGCGGCGCCGCCUGACGAGGAACGGGACCGGCUGUACGACGGCUACGUAGUUUACAGCGAGCGCGACGAAGACUUCGUCUCCAGAUUCCUCGCGGCCGAGCUGGAACAAGCCGGCUUGGCUCUUUGUCUUCAUUGGCGCGAUUUGCCGCCAGCCAGGCCCCAGGAAGCCCUGCCACCGGCCGCGGCAGCCGCGCGGCGUAUCAUCAUCAUCUUCUCACCGGUAUUCCUGGCGAACGAGUGGCAGCACGUGGAAUUUCGCGCCGCUCUGCGCACCGCGCUGGAGAACAUCAGGCCGACCUCGCGGAAGCGUCGCGUGGUCGUGCUCUUAGCCACCGAGACGUCCACCCGCGACCCGGAGCUGCAGCUGCUCCUGCAAACGUGCACGGUGGUGAUCUGGGGCGAAAAGAGGUUCUGGGAGAAGCUCAGAUUCGCCAUGCCGGAUUCGGUCGACAAGCGGCGCGACAGCAAGAAGGUCAACGACCGCAACCGCACGCCGACGCGGUACACCGCGGCGCCGUCCGCCGCCGUGGACGUGUGGACCAAGCCUAAUGGCGUUUUGGUCGCACCGGUGCACCACGCGCCCACGCCCACGCCCACGCAGUCCACCUACGUCAGCUCGGCAUCGAGCCGGACCGAGGACGAGGACAGCGGCGCGGAGCACCAGCAUCAUCAGCAUCAGCAUCAGCACCACCCGCACCAGCAUGGCUACAGCGCGCUGCACGCCGGUAACGGCCGGCCGGCCAGUCUGUCCUCCAGGGGCAGUCAUCUCUACAGCACCAUACCGGAACCGCCGGUGGUGCCCACCGCGCCAUCCGGGGAGGCCCUCGCCGUCGCGCAUCCAGGCAAUCCGCGUACUUACUUCGUCUAGCGCAGAAGGGCGGCGAUCGUGCUCCGAUCCGGCAGGAGAUAGACCGAUCCCUCUCUUCCGGUUGUCUCGCUUCCGGUAGCCAACUGGAGCGCGAUCGCCCGGCCGUAUCGCGACGUAUUUCUCGUUAAGAGAAAAAUAGAAAGAGAGAAAAAGAGAGGAAGAGAGAAGUUGAGAAAAAUUGAGACGUAAAAACUUUUCGCUUCAGGACGACGUGGCUAUACUUGUACAGUAUUUCCAUUAUUCGCGAUGUAUCGACCACCACCCCGACUGAGGCGCUCAGCUCUUCCACUUGGGGUCGAUCGCCCCGUGAACCAUCCGGCAUUCACGCGUUCCCGCGCCGGGAACGGGUGAUCUGGACGCGACACGCCGCGCAUAGUAUUAUAUAUACGUACGAAAUCGAUUCGAUGCCUUGCGCUUAUUAUCAAUGUACGACGAUAGAGAUCUAACAGACGGGCUUGACCUUUCUUUUCCGAAGCUGGGAGACGCGAAACGAUCGUCGCUCUACUACGUUCCUUUUUCUCGGUGUCUCCUCGCUCGCAUCGUUCACGCGAACGAUCUUCCAAAUCACGACCAAAUACAUACUUAUCGUUUCGUACCCGCGAAAUGUGAGUUCCGUGGGGACUGCUCUCCCCUCGUUUAGAUUCUGUAAAUAACUACGGCGGGUAUUCGGCAAGAAACUAGAUUCGAAAUUUUCGCGCUUUAAUUUAGCCAGCGAAACUCGGUGUAAGACGUAAAUUGAAAGAUAAUCGAUAUUAAUUUACUUGUGUGUAUAUAUACAUGUGUAUCCCGCGUUCUUUAAUUUUAUGCGAAUCUCUUUGACGGUUAAUUUAUUCGCCACGCGAAAUCACGAUGUACCAUCAAAGUCGGGUAAGAGGAUUGCGAUCAAAACAAUUUUGCCAGUUGUUUCAUUGCGAUCGAUAGAUAUAUCUAAUUUAAGUGUUUUGUCAUCUGAUCCCUUCGCAAACCAGUCCUUUGAUUUAGAAUCGUGCUGCUUUGAUUUGCAUUAAUUGACAUAACUAUCAGUGAAUUUAUCAAUGUGAUUAUUUGUGGGUUGUAUGUAAGCCAUAAAUGCAGAAUAAUGGUGAUGAUACCUAACUAUACUACAGUAACUAAUACUACGCACAACGCAAUCAGUUUGCGAACAGUAAUUAAAUCAUAUCGACAAUUUUUGUUUCCAAUAUUCUUCGCACUGGGAAGCAUACGCGAAACAAUCGCACUGACGUUACAAACAGUAAAAGAAAGAGGAAGGUGUCCUUUUUCUUUGUAUAGAUAUUUAUUUUAAAUACGCUUGGACAGAUGCAUUUAUUUUACAUUUUAUACACGUGAUACUUUAUUAGCGAUAUAACUGCAUUAUGUGUUUGACAACUUAAUUGCAAGUAUUUAUGUCUUUUCUCGCAAUGCUCGAAUAACGUUGCGCGAGAAAAAAGUAAAGUGAUAUAUAACUAUAUUUAUAUAUGAAUAUUGUGCUACAUCGAUUUUGCAGUUUUUUCAUUUAACUUUAAUAGUCAUUCGAAAUAACGAGGAAGCAUUUUCAUUUAGUAGAUUCCGAAUUAAACGCGCAUAACAGUUUGUUAAAUACGCGAUAAAUUUCAACGAAACGUCUGAAAUGAAUAUGAAACGAAUAUAUUCUUUCUUCCGUAUUAGAAUUCACAGAGUUUUGCUAAAAGUUCCUCGCGCACUGACUCCUCUUUGGGACCCGAGGCGCGUCUCUCUUUGCCAUUCCUGUCGUUUGUUCGUUAAUCGCUCGUGAUGAAGAAGGUAAUGAGUCAUCAAGCGUGUUAAAUGACAGAAAGAAAAGACAGACGUCUCGCGAGAGCUUGUUCCUAAAGAUUCACGACUGUCUUGAUGAAGUAACGGUCGCAUAACGCUUAUUAGUCCGUAAGUGAAACUCUCUGUAAAUAUUGUAUCUAAUUUUGUAAAUACUCACGCACACAUUUCCAAGCACGCCGAAGCCAGCACCGCGUACGUGCUGUUACUGGUCGUGGAUACGUCUUAAUUAUAAUCGCGCGUUUAGGAGUGUAACUCUAAUUGUACUGUAUUAUUGUAAAUACGCUCAUCGAAUCAACGCAUUAUAUAUUCACAGUCUGUUAAAGUCGUAUUAAAUUAAUUGCCACUUUCCAUUUCAGCAAAGAACCAUGAAAAUAAACACGUUUGUUUUAUAAAAAAUGAAA